UGCACAGGGCAGCUAAUCGUCUACCAGGUCGGCAUUCUGCCCAGUCAGUUCUAUGGGAUUCUAUCUGAUCGGGACCUGGCCGGCUUCAGGAAGUUGGCAGCCCUGGCCGCAGCUCUGAUCAUCGUCAUUUCCAUGCUGCGCAGUGCCGAGCAGUACAUCAGUAAGCUGGUCUAUGUGAACUGUCGGAAGGUGAUGACACAACAUCUGCACCAAAUGUACUUCACCAGACAAGUCUACUACACGAUGAGCGUGGAGCACGGCCACAUAGAUAACCCAGAUCAGAGGAUGACGCAGGAUGUGGAGCGGCUGUGCCGGGAACUCACCAAUCUUGCCACUAAAAUUCUAACCACUCCCUUCACAUUGAUCUACUACUCCUAUCAUUGUGCCAUCAGUACUGGCUGGGUGGGUCCUGUGUCCAUCUUCGGAUAUUUUCUUAUCGGAUCUCUGCUGAAUAAAAUUCUGAUGGGUCCGGUUAUCCCCAAACUGGUUGAGCAGGAGAAGUUGGAAGGUGAUUUCCGGUUCAAGCAUGUACAGAUCCGGGUCAAUGCCGAAGCUGCAGCUUUCUCCAGAGCCGGCUGUGUGGAAUACUCCAGGACGGAGCGCCGCCUAAAGAGUCUUAUUGGCACCCAGAAGGAGCUGAUGUACCAGGAACUAUGGCUGUCCUUCCUGGUUCUUAUGUUGGCGAUCUCCCCACAGAAUGCCUUUGUUUCCAUCUAUCUGGUCAGCUGCUUCAGUCAGAUCAUUGAUUUAUCCAGCAAUCUGUGUGACGUUGCCGGGUACACACAUCGGAUUGGGGAGCUGGUGGAGGUGAUGAUGAAGAUUGUGCAGGAAGACGAGGAAUUUAAUCCAGAAAAGGAAGAUGAUGGGUGUGUAGUGUCCUCUUCUGGGGUGUCCAUACCUGACCAUUAUCUGUAUAUAUGGGGGUGUCCAUACCAUAUUCUCAAUGCUUCCUCUGGCAGGUCCUCGCUGGAGAAGUCGCAGGAUGGAGAUGGGGUAUUUAUUCUUGAUAAUAUAACGAUUACCUCGCCGGGAUCAGAGUGCACGUUGGUGCGAGACCUCAGCCUGUGUGUGAGCGAGGGGAGCAAUCUGCUGAUCAGCGGGGAGACUGGCAGUGGGAAAUCCUCCAUUCUACGUGUUCUCGCUGGACUGUGGAAGACCAAACACGGUCGGGUCUCGGUCUUCUCUCCGUUCGGUCCUCAUGGUGUUGUUUUCCUGCCACAAAAGUCGUUCCUGAGUGACGGAAGCCUGAGGGAGCAGGUGAGGGCCCAUGUGUCACAUGAUGCGUUGCUGGAUGAGGCGAGCAGUGCGCUGAGCGAGGACGCGGAGGCGGAGUUAUACGCGCACUGUACCCAGAUGGGGAUGACAUUAAUCAGCGUUGGACACAGACGCAGCUUGCAGGAGUUUCACCACAUGGAGCUCAGACUUGAUCCCGGCGGACAUUGGGAGCUGCGACGCUUGCGGAAAUCAUGACUGCCUUCUACUGACCAAUCAGAGGAG